AUGUCUACCAGGCAGGAAGAGCCCAAUGAGUUCUACGAGCAGGAGGACGCCCAAUGGUCUCCGACCAGGAAGGCCAAAGGUCACGACAGGAAGGACGCCCAGAGGUCUACGAGGCCAGGAAGGACACCAAUCUAUGAGCCUAUUCUGCGAGCGAGCACGCCCAAGAGGGAGUCUCUACGUGCCCAGAGCCAAGAAGUCUACGUUGGCCAGGACGCCAGAGUGUUACUAGCCGAGGCGCCUAAAGGAGGUCUACGAGCCAGGAGGGACGCCAAGAGGUCUACGAAGCCCGAAAAUGGACCGCGAAGAGGAGUGUACGAUGCCCGAGAAGGACGCCCAAAGUCUACGAGCCAGGAAGACGCCAAGAGGUCUACGAACCCAGAAGAGGCCCAAGAGGUCUACGAGCCCGAGAAGGACGCCCAAGAGGAGGUCUACGAGCCAGGAAGGACGCCCAGGAGUCUACGAAGCCACGAGAAGACGCCCAAGAGGUCUACGAGCUGGAAGACGCCCGAGAGGUCACGAGCCCGAGAAGCGCGCCCUACGAGCCAGAGGUCGCCCGACGAGCCCGAGAAGUCGCCCAAGAGUCUACGAGCCGGAGAAGGACGCCCAAGAAGAGGUUCUACGACCCGAAAGGUCGCCCAAGAGAAGAUCUACGAGCCAGGAAGGACGCCCAAGAGGUCUACGAGCCCCAGAAGGACGCCAAAGAGGUCUACGAGCCAGGAAAGGACCGCCCAAGAAGAGUCUACGAGCCAAAAAGGGGCGUCCAGUCUACGAACCCAGAGUCGCCCCAAGAGAGGUCUACGAGCCCAAAAGACGCCCAAGAGAGGUCUACGAGCCCCAGAAGACGCCCAGAGGUACGAGCCGAAAAGCGCGCAAAAAGAGGGCUACAGCCGAGAAGGACGCCCAGAGAGGAAGACGAGCCAGAAGAAGGUCUACGAGCCAGGAAGGACCGCCGAGGUCUACGAGCCAGGAAGACGCCCAAGAGGUCUACGAGCCAGGAAGGACGCCCAAGUGGUCUACGAGCCAAGUAAGAGGUCUACGAGCCCAGAAGACGUGGUCUCCGAGCGAGGUCGCCCAAGGCAACGAGAGGUCUACGAGCAGAAGGACGCCGAAGGGUCCGAGCCAGGAAGGAGCCCAAGAGUCUACAGCCGAGAGAGGACCCCAGAGGGUCUACGAGCCAGGAAGGACAACAAGAGGUCUACGAGCCAGAAGACGCCCAGAGGUCUACGAGCCAGGAAAGACGCCCAAAGAGUCUACAAGAAGGACGCCCAAGAGCCGUCUACGAGCCUGGUCUACAAAGAGACGCCCAAGAGGGUCUACGACGAGGAGCCAGAGGACGAGCCAGAAGAGUCUACGAGCCAGAAGGACGCCCAAGGUCUACGAGCCAAAGAAGGACGCCCAAAGAGGUCUACGAGCCAGAAGGUCGCCCAAAAGGAGGUCUACGAGCACGAGAAGGUCGCCCCAGAGGAGGUCUACGAACCCGAGAAGGACGCCCAAGAGGUCUGCGAGCCCGAGAAGGACGCUCUAGAAGAGGUCUACGAGCCCGAGAAGGAUGCCACCUCGGUUCACGAACCUGAGGAGGUGGUUUAUGAUGCCUCAAACCUCUCUGGGAACUAG